GAUCCAAUUUCAGAUUCAGGUGAAAAGAAGAACCUAUAGAGUCUAGAGAGAGAGACCGAAAAAGAAAGAAGAGAAAAUUUUGAAAGAAUAACAAAAAUGGUGAGAACAGCAGAAGUAUUGAAUGCUUACAGAUUAGUACUGAGAUCAACAAGGAAAUCAUUCAAAGGAGAUACAUUGAUGUUGAAUGAAUCAGCUGCUGAAGUACGAAAGAGAUUCGAAGAGAAUCGACAUGUAAAUUCAGAUGCUGAGGUUAAAAGACUUGUUGAGGAGGCAAAGGAAGCUGCAGGUUUCAUCUCUACUAUGAUUGUUCAAGCUAAACUUACUCCUCAAGGAGGUUAUGCUGUGAAAGCAACUAAUGAUCAUAAGGAUUUAACGCUAGAGGUCCCUUCCGAAGCCCUCCUACCAAAGACCACAUAAGGGGAAUUGUUCUUGUAUGACAAUGAGCUGAUCAGCCUUCCCAAGUCCUUCUAGGGCAUUUUUGGUUGUUCCAUUAUCAUGGGAGAUUCAUGAAGUUGCAAGCUUAAUUAAGGUCUUACGAUUUUGUCUUCGGAAAACAUUGUACUUUAGUUUGCUUACCGUAAUCAGAAGGCAGUAAUAAUGGUGAAUAGUCGGGGUUCAACUUCCCUUUAAGGAAUUAACUUUCUUAUCGGAUUCCUGUCAAAUUUCAACUGUUUUUUUUUUUAAUUAUUCCUUUUU